CCGUCCGCAAUAAAUAAAUAAAAUUUUACUAUUUCGUUUGAUAGCUACAAUUAAUUUUUACAAAAGUUGUUGUUAAAAAUGAUUAAAAAUUACUAAAUUAGUGAAAUAUUUUUACUGGACAUGGGUAAAUAAUUUUUGAAAAUACUUGGAGUAUAUCAACAUGAACGAAGAUGAAUAAGGUAAAAAAAAAAGAAGUGGAUGAUGAGGAACAGGUGAUCCAGUUUAUCGCGGGAUUUGCCAGGUGAUCGUCAUCCGCGUGGCAAUCACGAUAACAAGCGAAGUUUGUCGAGUUCUAGCGAAGGGAAAAAGCGCCUUUUCAAGUCAGUCAAGUGCGGGUUUGCGCGCUGUACGUUUCGUUCGUUUUCUGUUUGGUUAUUUUUCUCCUUUGAUUCCGAUUUUAACAGAAAAUCGGAAAAAUGGAGAACCAGCAGGUCUGGGUGAGGGAUUCCGAGGAGGGUUUCAUUAUCGGAAAGUUCGCUGACAUGGUCGACGGUGAUGCACUUAUUGUUCCUUUGGAUAGAAAAUAUCGUCAACGUACUUGUCCUCUGGAUGAAGUUUUUCCUGCUGGAGAAUACACCAAAGAUGUUGAAGACAAUUGUGCCUUAAUGUACCUGAACGAAGCCACUCUUUUAAAUAACAUACGAACUCGUUACUUCAAAGAUAGAAUAUACACUUACGUCGCUAAUAUUCUAAUUGCCGUGAAUCCUUAUUACGAGGUCAAGGAUCUUUAUUCACCUCGUACGAUUAAGGCAUAUCAAGGGAAAUCUUUGGGGGAAACGCCUCCACACGUUUUUGCCAUUGCUGAUAAAGCCUUCAGAGACAUGAAAGUGCUGAAGCAAUCGCAGAGUAUAAUUGUUUCCGGAGAAUCAGGAGCUGGAAAGACCGAAUCUACAAAAUAUCUUCUUCGUUAUCUAUGCGAUCUUUGGGGAUCGACGGCUGGACCCGUUGAGCAGAAAAUUCUCGAUGCCACACCAGUACUGGAAGCAUUUGGUAAUGCAAAAACAAAACGUAACAAUAAUAGUUCUCGAUUUGGAAAAUUUAUGGAAGUUCAUUUUGACGCCAAGUGCCAAGUUGUGGGCGGUUAUAUUUCUCAUUAUCUUUUGGAAAAAUCACGAGUCUGCCUUCAGAGUUUGGACGAGAGGAAUUAUCAUGUUUUUUACAUGAUGUGCGCUGGUGCAUCGCCAGAUUUAAGAGCAAAACUCGGUAUCACAAAGCCCGAUGACUUUCAUUAUUUACGUAAUGGAUGCACGCAAUAUUUUUGCAAUAAUUCUUCAGAGAAGAAAAUUAAUAAUACCCAAAAAAGUCGCGAUCAAAUUGAUAAGGGAAGUCUUCAGGAUCCAAUUCUCGACGACGUCGAGGGUUUCGCCGCAAUGGAUCAGGCUUUAACUCGACUAGGGCUUUCCGAUGUUGAAAAAAUGGAGAUCUACACAAUGGUGGCCGCGGUGCUUCACCUUGGAAAUAUCACCUUCGAGGAUAAUCCAGAAGAUACAAAAGGCGGUUCGAGAAUAACUGCAAUUUCAGAAAAAGCCAUUUUAUUCGCCGCUAAAUUAUUGUCGGUGGAUCCUGAGGAAUUGCGACAAUCUCUCGUUUCAAAAGUGAUGCAAACGAGUCGAGGGGGAAUUAAGGGAACUGUCAUUAUGGUUCCCUUGAAGGUUUACGAGGCUAACAAUGCGAGAGAUGCUCUCGCGAAAGCCAUUUACAAUAAACUUUUCGAUCACAUUGUUGCUCGGAUAAACAAAAGUAUUCCGUUUAAAGCUUCUAGUUACUAUAUUGGUGUUCUCGAUAUUGCCGGAUUUGAAUACUUCAAAGUGAACAGUUUUGAACAAUUUUGCAUUAAUUACUGCAACGAGAAACUUCAACAAUUUUUCAACGAAAGAAUACUUAAAUUCGAGCAAGAACUUUACGCUCGAGAAUCUCUGAAUGUUCCGAAAAUCUCCUACGUUGACAAUCAGGAUUGUAUUGAUCUCAUUGAAUCGAAAAAUACCGGUAUCUUCAGUUUACUUGACGAAGAAUCAAAAUUGCCAACGCACAGUUUUGCCCAUUUCACUAGUGAAGUGCAUCGAACUUGGAACGGUCACUUUAGAAUUACUUUGCCAAGAACUUCAAAAUUAAAAGCACACCGUGAACUUCGUGAUGACGAGGGUUUUGUCAUUCGACAUUUUGCCGGCGGUGUCUGCUAUCAAACGAAUCAAUUUAUAGAAAAGAACAAUGACGCUCUUCAUGCAUCAUUAGAGUGUUUGAUACAAGAGAGUGAGAAUAAAUUUCUUCGUACACAAUUUGCCAAUAAUUCUAGUCAAAAAGGAAAAUUAACAUUCAUCAGCGUCGGUAGUAAAUUUAAAACACAAUUAGGCGAAUUAAUGGAUAAACUUAAGAGCAACGGAACGAAUUUUAUUCGUUGCAUUAAGCCGAACAAUGAAAUGGUCAGUCAUCGUUUCGAGGGGAACAAUAUUUUGGGACAAUUACGAUGUUCCGGAAUGACUUCUGUUUUGGAAUUGAUGGAACACGGUUAUCCAAGUAGAGUUCCGUUUCAGGAACUUUACAAUAUGUACAAGUCUUAUUUACCGCCGGAAUUAGCAAAAUUGGAUCCUAGAUUUUUUUGUGAGGCCCUGCUGCAUAGUUUGAAGUUGAAUAAAAAAGAUUUCAAAUUUGGCAUCACUAGAGUUUUUUUCAAACCGGGAAAAUUUGCCGAAUUUGAUAAAAUCAUGAAAUCGGAUCCGGAAAAUCUAGAGAAACUUGUGGCGAAUGUGAAAAAAUGGCUAUUGAAGUCACGCUGGAAUAAAUUGCAAUUUUGCGCAUUAUCUGUGAUAAAAUUAAAGAACAAAAUUAUCUAUCGUCGAAAUCAUUUGAUUGUUAUUCAAAAAAUGGCACGAAUGUACAUUGCCAAAAAGCAACAUCAACCGAGAAUAAAAGGAAUCGUGAAAAUACGAAAUUUAACGAGUCAACUGUCGAGAAUGGAGGAAAUUUCGAAGCAAUUGAAAUCAGCUAAGGAGAAAAGUAUCAGCGACAUUAAAAAAUUACAAGCCGAAUUGGAGGCCGCAAUGCAAAAAAUUAAGAGAAAUCCAAAGAUCAAGGCGACGGAAAUUGAUGCGACCUACACGAAUUUAGUGAAUCAGAUGAAUAAACAAAUGGCAGCCCUUCAAGAUAUGGUUAAACAGCAAAAAAUAGCGGAGGAGCAGGAGAGAUUGAGAAAAAUCCAAUUGGAAAUGGAGAAAGAGAAGCAAAAGAAAGAGGAGGAGGAGCGCAAGAAACGGGAGGAAGAAGAAAAUCGAAGGAAGAAGCAUGAAAUUGAAAACAGAAGAAAAAUUGAAGAGGAAGAGAGGCGAAGACAAGAGGCCGAAGAUCUUAAAACUGCUGCCGCUCUUCAAGCACAAAUAGAAAAGGAAGUAUUGGAAGAGAGUCAUUUCCGAGAGAUUUUGGAACAAGAAAGAAGAGACCACGAAUUGGCACUGAGACUUGCUCAAGAAUCAAAUGGACAAGUUGAAGAUUCUCCACCAUUAGCUCGAAGCGCUCCUGAUUCACGUGUAACGGCAACAAGCAACAAUAGACUUAUAAGAUCGGAGCAGGUUCGUAAUCAUCAAGCAGCAAUGGCGAACAAAAAAUACGACCUGUCCAAGUGGAAAUAUUCAGAAUUACGAGAUGCCAUUAAUACAUCGUGUGAUAUUGAAUUACUUGAGGCAUGUCGACAUGAAUUUCAUCGUAGACUAAAAGUUUAUCAUGCUUGGAAGGCAAGAAACAAAAAGCGCACGACAAUGGAUGAAAAUGAACGAGCGCCGAGAUCUAUUAUGGAAGCAGCCAAGGUACCGCACUCGCCUUUAAAACAACCGAUACUGGAAAUUUCGCAAAGAUUCUUCAGGAUUCCUUUUGUUCGUCCUCCGGCAGCUGGACAAUCUGAUAAUCCAAACAGUGGAGGGAAAAGAGGCUGGUGGUAUGCACAUUUUGAUGGACAAUAUGUUGCAAGACAGAUGGAAUUGCAUCCUGACAAACCACCAAUUCUCUUAGUUGCUGGCAUUGACGACAUGCAAAUGUGCGAGCUGAGUCUGGACGAGACUGGUUUAACAAGAAAACGUGGAGCUGAGAUCUUGGAGCAUGAAUUUAAUCGUGAAUGGGAACGUCACGGCGGUAAACCUUACGUGAUACCAGGAGAUCGUAAAAAAUAAAUCCCACUCAUAUUCAUCAGGGUUUCUUCUUCAAUUUUUAAAAUCAAUUCACGAGACUAUAAUAAUUAAAUUCCUUCCUAUUUUUAUAUUCUCUCGAACUUGCAUAUUCAUUCAUAUUUUUCCAUCAAGUUUAUUAUUUGUCAAAUCAAUAUUCUUGCGCAUAAAAUUAUGAUUCGUCAUUGGGGGAAAAAUGUCGUUUUCCUAGAAAAUUAUUAUAGUUAUUUUCCGCAUUUUUUUCAAAUUUGACAAUUGGAAAAUAUUUUAUAUUUUUUUUUAUUCAAAUUUUUAAAUUAAGUAUCUUUUUGUUACUUAUUUUUAUUUUUUAGACACUUUAAAAAUUGGAAAUUUAAUUUUAUAUUUAAGUUUAGAUAUAAUAAUUCAAAUUUUGUGAAAGAGAAUUUCUUUUUGGUUAGUGAUGACUUUCUUUUUUGCAAAAAAAAAAAAUAGUAUUUCUUUAUUUCAUAAAAAAAUAGUAUUUCUUUUAUAUUGUGAUUAAUUUUUCGAAUAUUAUUUACAUUGUUAAAGUUUAAAAGAUUCGUACAUUAUAAAAAUAAGUUUCAGUCGCAAUUGCAUCUGAAUUUAUUGAAAAGUAUUUUGAAAAAAAAUAUAUAUUAUAUUUAUGCGAACGAAUGUCUAUGAAAGAUAAAUACACUAUAUUUAAGUUUAUAAUGUAUGAUAGUUUCAAGAAAAAAGGUAUUUACGUAAUGAAAUUAUUUUUAGUCUUAUUAUCUUUAAAAUGACGAUAGAAUGUGAUGAUAUU